AUGGUCCGAUCAUCUUUAAUUUUCACGGCUUUGGCCACGGCUUCGACGGCCCUUGCUCAGACGACGGCGGAGAUUAAAUGUAGUCUCAGUUCACACUGCCCGGAAAGCGCGCCAUGCUGUUCUCAAUACGGAGCCUGUGGAACUGGAGCAUAUUGCCUGGGAGGUUGCGAUCCUCUGUCAUCUCACAAGCUCUCUUCGUGUGUCCCAGCACCUGUAUGCCGAAGCCAGAAUUACGAUUUCACUUCCCUCGACCGAAUCAUUCCUAAUACGAAAUACCUCGGAGAUGCAUCAAAGGCGGAUUGGGUCAGUUCUGGAGCCCCAGUCAUCUAUAACAAGAAUGUUCUUUUGACUAUGGCGCCUGAUACUGUUGGUACCCUGCUUGCAAGUUCGACUUACAUGUGGUAUGGAAAUGUCAAGGCUACAUUCAAGACAAGUAGAGGAGCUGGUGUCGUUACUGCGUUCAUCUUGCUUUCUGAUGUCAAGGACGAAAUUGAUUACGAGUUUGUUGGUGUUGAUUUGAAGACUGCUCAGACCAAUUAUUACUUCCAGGGAAUUACGAAUUACGGAAACUCCCAAAACAUCACCCUCUCUGAUACAUUCAACAACUACCACACCUACGAAAUCAACUGGACUCCAGAUAAGAUUACUUGGUUAGUUGAUGGACAGGAAGGACGUACCUUGGAGAAAAAAGAUACCUGGAACGCUACCACCAACCAAUGGAUGUAUCCACAAACGCCAGCUCGUGUUCAACUUUCACUCUGGCCUGGUGGACUUGCUUCCAACGCCAAGGGUACCGUUGAUUGGGCUGGUGGACAAAUUGAUUGGAAUGGAGCUGAUAUCAAGUCUAAUGGUUAUUACUACUCAAUGUUCCAGUCGGUAUCUGUCAAAUGUUACGAUGCCAAGACUGCACCAGGAACAAACAGUGGUACCUCCUACACCUACAACAAUGCUGCCGGAACAAAUGACACUGUUGUGGAUGGAGAUUCUCCAACUGUUCUCAAAUCUCUCCUUGGUACAGGAGAGAACAUGGAUGCAGGUGAUCCAGCGUCAUCCAAAUCAGCAUCUGGAUCCGCCGCUGCUACACCAACCGCUGUCGCUCAAGUUCCUGGUUUGACCGGAUCAGGAACUGGAUCAGAUGAUCACGCUGGAGAUACCCAACCCGGAACCUCUGCAGCUCCAGCCGCCAACAAUGCUGCCUCUUCAACCGCCGACGCUGCAGCAUCAACUCCUACAGCCCAGAGCAACGGACAAUUCAACCAAGGUGGUGGUGCAUCAGGAUCAAGCACUACAGCCAGUGGAGCGGAUAAACUUGGAUCUCAGGAAAAGGCACUCAAGGGUAGCCUCUUUGCUGGUGUUGUUGUUUUGGUCGCCAUGAUGGCUUUGUAA